AUGCCCUCCUCCCCACACCCCCCCCAAACAACGACCACCACCACCCUCGAAUCCGACCUCCUCACCCACCUCGCAAGCACGACCGCCCUCGAAGACAUCCACUCCACCCUCCUCUCCACCCUCCAAAGAACAGGCUGGACCGAACGCAUCCGCAAACUCGCCACGGAGCUCCUCCGCGCCGGCCGCUGCGAGCGCUUCGACGAAGUCGUCGACGCGGUCGUCGCUACCGCCGAGGGCCGGAUAGCGUCGUCGUCGUCACUUUUCCUCGAUCAGCAAGAUUACGCCCAUAACCAUAAAUACGACCAUGAUCAUGAUACGGAGAAUGGAGGAGGUGAGGAUAUCGACGUGCGCAUCCCGUCUGCUGUCGUUGAGCAGGGCGUGCGCGCGAUCAAGGAAGUUCUUCGCGAGGUCGCUGUCCGAGACGACGAGUCAGAUCUACUAGAUGGGUCGGAGGAUGGGUCGGAGGGGUCGGAGCCGUCGGGCAAGGUGAAGCGCGAGGAUACGUCUGGUAGAGGGAAUGGGAGUGGCAAUGGGAGUGCGUUUGAGGGGGGCACGUCGGCGAAGGAGAAGAAGAAGGGGAAGGGGGGGAAGAGUGGGAGGUAA